GCCUGAUUGUUGACUGGGCCCAGGGGGAAUGACCUGUACUGCAAACCUCCAACACUCAGUUUUCUGAAAGACUGACAGACCGAUUCCGAAAAUGGCGUCCUUCAGAAUUCUGUCAAAAUCAGAGCAAUUUCAUAGAAAUAUAUCUUCAGUGAGAAGACAAAAAGGAGUACUGUCUAUGCAGUAUGGCAAGUGUGUUCCUCACCCUCGGGUGUGUGGCUGUUGCUUCUCCACCUCCUGCCCCAGGGAUGCCCGCUUCUUUACCGACCCCACAGAGGCAGUGAAAGACAUCCCAGAUGACUCCACUCUACUAGUCGGAGGGUUUGGUUUGUGUGGAAUACCCGAGAAUCUGAUUGGGAGUUUAUUGAAGACUGGAGUGAAAGGUAUCACAGCAGUCAGCAACAACGCUGGUGUGGAUAAUUUUGGUCUUGGUCUGCUGCUGAGGACCAAGCAGAUCAAGCGGAUGAUUUCCUCCUACGUUGGGGAGAAUGCAGAGUUUGAGAGACAGUACCUUUCAGGGGAACUGGAGGUGGAGCUAACGCCUCAGGGUACCCUGGCAGAGAGGGUACGUGCCGGCGGUGCUGGGGUCCCUGCCUUCUUCACGCCCACUGGGUAUGGCACACUGAUCCAGGAGGGAGGCUCACCCAUCAAAUACAACACAGACGGCAGUGUGGCCAUCGCUAGCAAGAAGAGAGAGGUGAGGGAGUUCAAUGGCAUCCACUAUGUCAUGGAGAGAGCCAUCACAGGGGACUUUGCUUUGAUCAAGGCCUGGAAAGCUGAUCGAGCCGGUAACAUUGUGUUCAGAAAAACAGCACGGAACUUCAACCAGCCCAUGUGUAAAGCAGCUAAAGUCACCGUAGUGGAGGUAGAAGAGAUUGUAGAUGUGGGGACCUUUGCUCCAGAAGAUAUCCAUGUCCCCAGCAUCUAUGUUGACAGGAUUGUGAAGGGGGCAGUCUAUGAGAAGAGGAUAGAGAAGAGAACGGUCCAGAAAGGAUCUAUGGAGACACUCAAACCCAAGCGGAAGGCAGACCUGCUCCGAGAGAGGAUCAUCAGGAGGGCAGCACUGGAGUUCCAGGAUGGGAUGUAUGCAAACCUUGGUAUUGGGAUCCCCAUGCUGGCCAGCAACUUCAUCAACUCUGACAUCACUGUGCACCUACAGAGUGAGAAUGGACUUCUGGGCCUGCCCUGUGUGUGUGUCUGUUUCAUUUUGUUUGUGUAUUAUAAAAAGGGUCCUUAUCCCACCGAAAGUGAGGUAGACCCAGACCUUAUCAAUGCAGGUAAAGAGGUUGUAACUGUGGUUCCUGGAGCCGCGUUUUUCUCCAGUGAUGAAUCAUUUGCUAUGAUCAGGGGUGGCCACAUUGACCUGACCAUGUUGGGGGCCAUGCAGGUGUCUAAGUAUGGGGACCUGGCCAACUGGAUGAUCCCGGGAAAGAUGGUGAAAGGAAUGGGAGGGGCUAUGGACCUAGUGGCAAGUGCAGGAACCAAAGUGGUGGUGACCAUGGAGCAUUCUGCUAAGGGGGACAAACACAAAAUCCUGGAGAGUUGUACUCUCCCACUGACCGGGAAGCAGUGUGUGGAUAGGAUCAUCACUGAAAAGGCAGUUUUUGAUGUUGACAAGGCCAGGGGCCUCACUCUCAUAGAGAUCUGGGAGGGGCUUACUCCUGAUGACAUCAGAGCUUGCACUGGCACAGACUUGGCUGUGUCCCCAAAUCUAAGACCAAUGCAGCAGAUCUGAACCCAGUGACUCCAAACCUUUCUGCAGUGCACAGAAUCCUUCUUUUAACAUUCCACGUGACCAUAGUGCUACAAAUGCAUGUACACAACAACUCUGGGAGAGAUGUAUAAAUAGAACUGCAGACUUGAAGGUAUUGACAGUUAAGAGUCAGUCGGCUACAACGUGCCUGUGACUUACAAUAGAAUCAGCUUGCUGAAGUCUAGGUCUACAAUGCAAUGACUGGUCAUUCCAAGCUGUAUAUGGUAUGAUCCAUGGCAGAUUGUUUUACUCUUAAAAUGGCAUAACUACA